CGGAGUCUGCGUCAUGACGCACACGAGAUGCAGUUAGCCGCCGACCUCGCCGCGCGUUUGAUGCCUGGCGGACCGUAAGAGCUGGUUUAACUAUUUCUGGCGUCCCCCGAUCGUUGCAGCGAUGUUUUAUCACAUUUCUCUGGAACACGAAAUCCUGCUUCACCCUCGUUACUUUGGGCCCAACCUCCUCAAUACCGUCAAACAGAAGCUGUUCACAGAGGUGGAAGGAACCUGCACUGGGAAAUACGGAUUUGUGAUUGCUGUCACCACCAUAGACAACAUCGGAGCAGGUGUAAUCCAGUCAGGACGGGGGUUCGUGCUCUACCCCGUCAAGUAUAAGGCCAUCGUCUUCCGUCCAUUCAAAGGGGAGGUUGUCGAUGCUGUGGUCACGCAGGUCAACAAGGUUGGACUCUUCACUGAAAUCGGGCCCAUGUCCUGCUUCAUCUCCAGACACUCUAUUCCAUCAGAAAUGGAAUUCGACCCCAACUCCAACCCACCCUGUUACAAGACCAGUGAUGAGGACAUAGUCAUUCAGCAAGAUGAUGAGAUUCGCCUGAAGAUCGUAGGGACCAGGGUGGAUAAAAACGACAUAUUUGCCAUCGGCUCUUUGAUGGAUGACUACCUCGGGCUUGUGAGCUAGAGCACCCACCACCCAUCCAGACCCGCCGCCACAGGGACCAGGAGUUCUGAAGGGUGACCGCUCCCUUCCCUGGCAGGGCACCGCCGCCCCACCUCGCCGCGCAAGACCUGCUCGACGUCAGUACCGCACGCCCGCUCUUUUGGGGGUCCGACCCCGCGGGUGUGGUUGCCGUCCGAGGACUGAGCCAAGGGGCAGCGAGAUCCUAUGCAAAACGGGUCUGUAAAUCUGAAGACACCUCCCUGGAACCCUCAGCCCAAAAGGAGGCAGCACGCACCCUCCCGUUCAUGCCCCUCUGGAGUGACCCCCCCCCCAACUCCCUCCACCAGGGCGGUAGUGUUGCCAUAGCUCACGUGAGCGGGUGCGCACUGCUGCCUUGGAACCUCCACGCUGACGUCGGCUCUACUUCAAACCCGCGGUCAAGCUGCGAAGAAGUUGGUAUCCGCUCCGGCGGUGUGUUAGCGGCAGCGUGUGAUCGCCGUGGGCUUCCUCCAACACGCUGAGCCUUCCCAGAAAGGAGUAGGCUGAUGUUUUGUUUUCUCUCUCUGUGGCCUCCACUGCCCAACGCUUCCAUUCCAGGAACUCUGUCUCCCCCUGUCGGUCGGUUAUCCUGGACAAGCUGAGGCUUAGGGUGUUGGCUGAAUCUUAAACUUAAAACAGAUGUGAUUUCUGAUUCCCUAGUUUUUAAAAAAAAAUGUAUUUUGGUUUUCUGAUGGAAUAUUUUGCGGUUUCUUUUUCCCAUUUUUAAUUGAAUUCUAAGCAAGCCACAAAGAUCCCCUUGUAUUUCCUAUCUAAUAAAUAGAUCUCUGACUUGGAAAUGUUCUGGUAUUUCUAUUUAAUGCCUUCUAUGCAGUUUUAAACUACGUUUUCCACUGUUUACCCAUCAAAACUGAUUGUGGAUGUUAAUUGGUCUAU